GUUUGUCGAUUGUGCAAAACGUUUUACGGCUUUGAAUAUAACCAUGGCGAAAAUUAUUGACGGAAAGGCUAUUGCAAAGUAUAAUAAUUCUUUUAGUGGGAAUAUGGCGACGAAUGAAAUCGACAAAACCGUCCUUUUCUUGCUCAAUGACGUUAAACAUGAUUUUAAUACAG